CGGUCAAAGAUGCAUUAUGGGUUGAAAUAAGAUGCAGGCAGAGCGGCGCGAGAGGAAAACGCGCGCGCACCACACGGCGGAGGCGGAGAGCUGCAGCCAAUGGAAAGCGCGCGCUGGAGAGCAGCGGAACCGAGCAGAGGAACCGAGCAGCGCUUCAGACUCUGUGUUUGAGUUCCUGUAGACACAAAGCUCAUCCUGACAGGACGCGAGAAAAAUACAAGCAUCCAAACUCGGGCUGCUGUGAAUAUUUCUGCUUCUUAUUCUUCUUAUUUGCUAAGGACACCUGAUCGACUGCAGCAUUAUGACUGACAGGAAAGCUGUGAUCAAGAAUGCUGACAUGUCUGAGGACAUGCAGCAGGAUGCAGUUGACUGUGCAACACAGGCCAUGGAGAAGUACAACAUUGAGAAGGACAUCGCAGCAUACAUCAAAAAGGAGUUUGACAAGAAGUACAACCCAACAUGGCAUUGCAUUGUGGGAAGAAACUUUGGCAGCUAUGUCACCCAUGAGACGAAGCACUUCAUCUACUUCUACUUGGGCCAGGUGGCCAUCCUCCUGUUCAAAUCCGGCUGAUGUCUUACAGCGAGAGUAGAAUGUUCUUUUCCAACAUGGACCAAGAUGCACUAGUGGCCAAUGUCCUGUCUAACCACAUGCUACAAAUAUUAAACAAGGCCAUACCAUGACUAUGCUGACUGUGCGUAACUGCAUGGGCCGUAUACCAUACUAAUUGUGCAUAUGUUGAGGUUAAGUUGCUUUUCAGUAGGUGUCCCAUGUUUAUCGGGAGAGUUUUUGUUUCUGGUCCUGACGAGUUUGUUCGAGCAUAGGAGCUGUGAAGGCAGGCGUGAUGUUGAUUAAAUAAAGCAAUUCAGAUGAACUCCAAAAAGUGCAUCUGUAUUAUUUUUCUUCUAAGAGCUGUUUUGUUUAAGUAGUCUUUGCUGCCAUGUAGUUCUAACGAGCACGGGGUGUGUCUGUACCGUGGUGGAGAUGGAGAAUAAAGAAAAUAAGUCAUGUUUAUGUGGGUUCAUCUAAGGUUAGGUGAUUAUUAUUGUCGAUUGUUUCAUGUCAUUGGUUUGGAGAUGGUGCUUGUAUGCUAGGGAACAGAUGGGUUACAGAUGCACAAAUCACACUCUUAUUCUGUGAAACUGCAUUUCCUUUUUGUUUAAAAUGUCUUACAAGGUUACAAGUGCAUUAUGUCUGUUGGGGAAUAAUCUAAGAUAUAUUAAACGAACUGCUUUUCCAGCUUUAUUUUGUGUUUAAUUUCUUCAUUAUGUCAGUUGCCGAACAUAAAGGGACUCUGCACACAAUAUUCUCCAGCUCUUUCAGUCUGCUAUUAAAGUUGGAAUUAUUUAGAUGUUUAGCAUUUAGCAUGUUUUUUUUCUCUACAUAUGAGGUGUAGGUUUUUGUUACUUGUCUGUAUUUGCUAUUUCUGUAUAUUGCACAUGACUUCAAGCCUCCCUCUAUUGGUAGGCCUGUGAAACACUUGCACUCCAUUUCACUGUACCCUCUCAGGUACUGCCCAUGACAAAAAGCAGAUCAGUCAUUAACAUGUGUAAAUGUCCUCUGGGUUUUGUUUGCCUAAGUAAUUUUGCUGUAUUGUGUAAUAUCAAUAAAGACUAUAGUUGCACAUUGGAGAAA